GAUGAGUGCUACUGAAGACCGUACAGAUUCUAUGACCAUGGAAACAUACACUAAACAAACAACGCCGAUGUCUUUUGUUAAUACUACUGCACGUCGCGUUACAUCAACUCCUGAGCUUGUCACGGGAACCAAAGACAACACAACACUUGUGUUUCUCAAUGUCUCCACGUGUCUCUGCCCUUGUAAAUGUAUCACCGUUAUAUCCAAAGAUAACUCUGAUAAAAUGAUGGCGGCCAUGUUGGAAGAUCUGAUUAUUCCGAAAUUUGAGACAUCGUUGUCGAAGCGGAAAUUGUCAAGUGCUCCGGAUGAUCGAAUUUCUAGUAAAGGGAUAGGACUUGUCGGUACGUUUGUGAUGACAGUCGUGUUUGGUAUAAUCCUCAUUGGUGAUGUCAAACUCUUCUUGCUAAAUGCAAGAACUGCUUAUGUUAAUUUACGCAAUUUUUACGCUAAUUAAAGAUGUUAUAUAGU